AUGCUGCCGACAAGUAAUGAAAGAAACAAUAAAAGUAAUUUGUCUAAUGGGGCUGGUGAUAUAGCUAAUACUUCGAAACCGGUAACAAAAAAACCCAUGGACCCAAAAUUACUUACAGAGGAGUAUAUCCUUGAACAAAGACGUCUCAGGGAACUACGUAAGGAAAAGAUACGUCAACAGAAGGAAGCAUUAGGUUUGAUACCUCCUCCAGAGAAGGAGAAGUUUUUGAAACGAUCAAUGCUAGAAGUCUGCAAACACAAACCUGGGCUUCCGUCCAUCAAGAUCAUGAGCUACAAUAUCUUAGCACAGACAUUGAUCCGAAGAGAAAUAUACCCUACAAAUGGGAAAAUAUUGAAAUGGUCUGUGAGGUCUCAAAUACUAUUAGACGAAUUGAAACACUAUAAUGCCGAUAUCAUGUGUUUGCAAGAAGUGGAUAAAGUACAGUAUGAAGGGUUCUGGGUUAGUCAGCUUGAAAAAUUGGGAUAUUCUACUAGAUUUUAUCGUAACAAUACCAAAAAUCAUGGCUGUGUCAUAGUUUUCAGAGACAAGCUAUUUACUUGUAAACAUCAGUCGUUCAUAAGAUUAGACCAAGAUUUGAAUCAAGAAGCCAGUGAGAAGCUGUUACCACCAGCACGAAUUGCAACUACAAACAUUGCGUUCAUGGCAUAUUUGGAGUUCACAUCAACAUUUAUCAAAGAAUACCCAUGUUUAGAAGAAACCAAUGGAUUUAUCAUUGGUACGACUCAUUUAUUUUGGCAUCCUUUUGGAACUUACGAACGAGCCAGACAAACAUAUAUGCUUUUGUAUAAAUUCAGAGAGUUUCAGCGUGUAUUGAGAAUUAUAGUAGGAAAUUCUAAAAGAUUUUACUCGUUCUUUACUGGUGAUUUCAAUUCUGAACCAUUUGAUGCACCGUAUCGUGCUAUUACUGCAAAACCAAUCAAGUUUUCUGGUCGGUCCAGGAAUGUUUUAGGGUGUUCGUUGGCAUACACGUACUCAAAGGAUAGAAGUUUGGAUGAAGACGAUAUAGACACCGAAGAGUUAGAGCAAGAAAGAGACAACAACCCUCUGGACCCAGAACCAGAAACAUUUGAAACAACACCGGAACAAGACAAACUCAUAAAUGAUUUAGAAGAGGCACACAAUGAUUUAGAUGUGAGAGCCAUUUCAUUAUAUUCGGUUGGAUACAAACAAGCUCAUCCCGAAAAUGCAAAUACAGCUGGACAUAGAAACGAGCCUGCCUUUUCCAACUGGGUCGACAAAUGGAACGGAAUGUUAGAUUACAUUUUCUUAUUGGUUCCAUGGAACAAAUCUGAUGAUCGCUCAAAGAGGAUAGAUAUGCCAGAAGAUUUAGCUGAACAAUAUAAAAUCAAACUAACAAAGCUACUUAGAUUGCCUACACCAGAAGAAAUGGGGUCACCACCGUCAGGUCAACCUCGCAUGCAUCAGUACCCCUCAGAUCAUCUUAGUAUUAUGGCUGAAGUACAACUUGAAUAA